UUCAGCGAGACGUCUGUCUAUCGCGGCUGGAAAUCUAAGCAGUUGGGUAUUGGCAAUCACUCGUUCUUAGUGUUCCAGAGUCUGACAUGGCGGCAUGGGAUGUCGCUCCAGCAAGCAUGGUUUCAGUAAGGUGAGAGUCUCGGAAACGGCGCGUUCUGGCACCAACAGCGUAACGUCCAGCUCGCGAAAACUCUUUUCCAAAAAAAUCAGAUCCGUGACAAGCUGGAGUUCCGGUCAGUGGAAUUCCACGGCAGUUUUAAAAACACCAGAGACUAGUAAAGAAACCUCGGACAAUGCCUCGUCAAAAGAGCUGCAGUUUUCAGAUUUCUGUACGACCAAGGCGACAUACAACAAGUUUGGUUCGAAGACUUCAACCAUCACCGUGCGGUUGUCAAGCGAUGGAUCGACGCUGCAGAUUGAACAGUGCGAAAUUCCAGCAGAUAUUUCCAUACAGAGAUCAGAAAGUGCGCCGUGUCUUGGAUGUAGAAAGGGAAAAUUGGAAAACAAUAUCAACAAGACAUUUACAGUUGCAGCCCAGAUGACACCCUUUUCGCUUGGAGGUUUUGGUGGUCAUUCGCGUGAAUCCAGUUUUAAUACGAUAAAAACAGUUAAUUGUAGCCAGAUAACUGUGGAAGAAAUCGGCGAAAUAAAUGGGACAGAAUUAAAAAUUGAACAAGAAGAGGCAACGAAAAUGAACGGAGCUCCACCUCAAGUUGCUACAAAUAUGAAUUUUGAAACAUCUCCCCAGUGCACAUGCGCCGAUGUUGGCAUUAGCGAAUGCACGUGCCUUUUGGAAGAUGAAAUAAAUAAAAACUUCAAUUCUCAGUUACAAAACGUAGAGUUUCAUCGGAAAAUCAGUGCUUUAAACCUGCACAAUGACCACGUAAAUCAAGAUUUUAGCAAUAACAACUUGAUGGAUGGAUGUACCAAACUCAAAUACAGUAUGGGCAAGAUCCUUCACUGUUAUAAAACUCAGCUGAACGACCACAUUAUGGAUAUAAACAGUGCUUACGAGCGCAUUCCAGCCACCGAAAGUGACCACUUUGAAAAGGCCGAGACUUUAGCAUCUACCCUGUCCCACACGGACAUGCUGACCAACGACCUGCACGAUGACCAGUGGGCAGACUGUGAUAUCCGACACCUGUACGAGUGCUCCAACCCCACGCUGAAUAUUUCUCUGUCUCCGGCCACUUCGCGGGACCAGCUGUCCGUGUGUGGUCUGUAUGACGACGGGCUGUACGAGGACGACUAUCCGGACAUGGGACAGGAGUACUCCCCGAGCGUGGUCUCCAGGCGCGUCCCACGCCGUGUACACGAAGCAGCCAAAGAUUUAAUUCUGCCAGAUCAUGACGCCCCCCAGGGGCGGCGGGAUUUCAUUAACGUCUUUUUCAGAUUCUGACAACGAAUUAUAAAUAGUACAAUAAUCGGACUAUGCGAUAUAGUCAGGAAAUGCAGACACCAUCUGAGCUUGGCAGUCAUGUCUACUUUUGUCCACAAUUUGUCACUGAAGGAAUGAGAGGCUGUGAUUCUGCGACUCCUGAAUAUACCAUCACACCAGCCGCUGUGAUUCACUGAUGGACCAAGACAACGGAACGUCUCGAUUCUAGCACAUCUUUAGUAACUCACUAAAUACAGGAACAGAUACAGGAAUAAUGUUUGGGGUUUUUAAAUAUAUAAAUUUGACGUAUAGUUUAGAUUCAUGCCAUAUACACAGACAGCUAAAGAUAAUACUGGCUUACAUAUCUGGACAGCGACUUUGUUUUCUUCUUCCUUGUUUUUGUGCGUGUAUAGAAUUCAAAACUGUUUGUAAGAGUUUAAUGUCUUUAAAGAGACACGGCUUUGUUCCUUAUUUUGUCGUUUUAAUAUUUUAAUAUGUCACAUAUUAUGCCCAACUCGUGAUAUCUGAAAACUCGUCGGUGGAAGACCACGCGAUCGCUUGAAUAUCUGCACCAGUGCACCGACUACUCCACACCGACAUAUCUGGAAGCUUGUAUGCUGCGCAGGAAGCGAUCAAUAAACCAAUCGCUUGUUCUGUAACAUGCCAGCAUAUUAUUUUUCAAACUACAUCGACAGCAGCAGCUCAUGGCGAGAUCCGAAGUCGAGCCCAGAGUAACCGGCGGCGAUGAACGAUUCUUAGUCAUCUGGAAUUGGUUCUUGUUGGCGGGGAUGUAGUUUGUAAUCAGUUUUUGAUAAAGUCUAAUGUCUUACAUCAGGAUUUUGAAAUGCAUGGGGAAAAAACCCAGAAGAUAAUAUGGUUGAAUUUCUAAUAGCUAUUUGUCAAUGGGUGAUGAACAUUGAGAAAAGAUAUUGGAGAUCAAUAAAUAAGCAACGUGUUCGGCAACACGCCAGAGCUGCUUGAAUACAAAGUAACCCAGAGAUUUUCACGCUGAACCUACAGAACGUAUUUUUGCGAAUUGUAAAUACGACGGCAAUGAUGAUGUAUGAAUACAUUUGAAUAGAUGUCAAAAAUAUAAUAAAGUUACUGCCUUUUAAAUUGUAGUCGUUGUGGUUAG